GAGGCAGGCUGCAGCUUCAGGGGAGGGGCAGAUUCAAGUAAGGAUGGUGAGUAGUUUUGUCACUAAUGAGCCUGUAAGUGUGUAUGGGCAGUGUCGGAUCUAUUUCAAAUUGUAGGUUUUGUUUGUUUAGUUUUGGUUUUACUUUUGAGAAUAACACUGUAACGUGUAGUCCCUGGAAGAUCACUUAGAAUGGAUCCCAGAUGCAUUGCAGGUGAAUGGAUGUCCCGUGUUUAACACAUAACCACACAGACACUCACUCAUGAACAAUUUGAGACAGUUAUUUAUUAUGUGAUUGUCAGAUCAAACUAUAAUCAUGACCUCUGGAUUGUCAUUGUUAAUUUCUUUCUCUGUCCAUCCCAUCUGCCUACCAUCAUUAGCAUCUUGGUGCAGAAAGAGUUAUACUGAACCCUAGAAUGAGUGGAAAGCAGUGAAACAUGAAAGGAAUGCUUAGUGAAAAACUGUGUUUGAAGAUCCCUGAGCGUGAAGGUGUUAUCAUCCAACUCAUUAAUUCAUGGCCGCAGAUGGUGUCACCAGGGAGCAAGGAUGCCAAGGAAGACCUGCGGAAAGCCGCCAGUGCUCCGGAGGCCCAGGCCUUGGCGGACCAGGAUCUGCUGCCUGCAGACCAGGCCCAGGUCCUCCAUGAGAUGGCCAAGUACCAGGUCCCACAGAGGUCUGGGGAUACGGUUAUGAUCCAGUCUGAGCACACAGGCGCAAUUGACGUUCUUUCUGCUGACUUGGAAUCUGCAGAUCUUCUUGGGGACCACAGAAGAGUGUCCCCACCUCUGAUGGCUCCCCCAUCCAUCUGGACCUUUGCCAAGGUGAAGGAAUUCAAAAGCAAGCUGGGCAAGGAGAAGAACAGCCGCCUGGUGGUGAAGCGGGGAGAGGUGGUGACCAUCCGGGUGCCCACACAUCCAGAGGGGAAGCGCGUCUGCUGGGAGUUUGCCACCGAUGACUACGACAUUGGCUUUGGAGUGUAUUUUGACUGGACGCCUGUCACCAGCACUGACAUCACUGUGCAGGUCAGCGACUCCAGUGAGGACGAGGACGAAGAAGAAGAGGAUGAGGAGGAGAUUGAGGACCCUGUCCCAGUUGGAGACGUGGAGAGGGGUUCGAGGAGCUCCCUGAGGGGCCGCUACGGGGAGGUCAUGCCGGUGUAUCGGCGGGACAGCCACCGAGACGUGCAAGCAGGCAGCCACGACUACCCGGGGGAAGGUAUCUACCUGCUCAAGUUUGACAACUCCUACUCCCUGCUGCGCAACAAGACUCUCUACUUCCACGUGUACUACACCAGCUGAAGGGCUGUGGGGCAGGGGGCGGGCUGCCCUUUGCUGGCUGAAGCAGGCUGCCAGCGGUGGGUAAAGGGGUACCUCUUGUUUUGCAUAAACAAGAGCUGAUAAUUCCGUGGGAGGCUUGUGGAGCUUCCCGCCCCACCCAGCAUGCCUGACCGUUGCUUUUCCCCUUCCUGGCCAGCUUCUGUAGGUGGUGGCAAAGUGCCCCCCCUCUGUGGUCCUUGACUCUCUCUGCUUAGGACUCUGGCAAAAUCCCUCUGUGAAGGCACCUAGCAGGCAAAAACCUCCAAGGAAAGCAGGCUGUCAUCUUAUAAAACUACCUUUGUGUUGGUACAAGAUUUUAUCACCCAGAUACUGCUCCCCACUCCCCUACCCUGCUCCAGCCAGCUGGUGAUGCAGAUGCGUUUGGUGGGGCCCGCUCUUCACUUCCCAAGGUGCCAGAAGAGGGAGGGAAAAGCACAUUGGCCAUGUAGGAGUCCCAUGUCCUGGACGGAGCAUGCUCUGUCCAGCCUCUCACCACUGCCAUACUCCUGCUAGCUGGGUGUUCUUGGGAUCCAGCACAGGCUGGGAGACCCCACUGCCUUGGAAGGGAAGUUGUUACUCUAGAUGGUUAGACCCCCUCUUUCCCCUGUCUUUGGUGUGUGUGUGUGUG